AUGUCUAGCGAUUUCGCUAUCUAUAUUCGAGACAAGCUUUUCGACAGCAAAACAUCUGUCGACCAUAAAAUCUUACAUAGUGUAAACAAGAAAGGUGAAUUUGUUCUAAAGUUCUGUUUCUGGGAAUAUGACAAGAACCAUAAAACAUUAGGCAGAGAAGUCUUAAAAUUUGUCAAUGACAGACUUGUUGACAGAGAUGACGCCUCUUGGAAAGAUGAAGUCCAACAAAAUU